AUGACGAUGCCCAUGUCAGACCCCAGCGUCUGGGCACAAGCCAUGAGCAGCCUGGGGAUGCCUCCGCUAAACAUGAUGGGACAGCAGCUGAUGCCAGAUUUUGACCCCAGUCUCGGGCUGAUGACUGGCAUUACCCCGAUAAAUCCCAUGAUGCCCGGCCUGGCUCUCCCGCCCCUAUCCCAGGAUGCACCAGUUGUCAAGGAGAUCAUCCACUGCAAUAGCUGCACGCUGUUUCCUCCCAACCCCGACCUUCUGCCUCCGGCCACGAGGGAACGCCCUCCUGGGUGUAAGACGGUGUUUGUUGGCGGUCUGCCCGAGAACUUCACUGAGCAGCUCAUCGUGGAGGUCUUUGGACAGUGUGGGGAUAUUGCUGCAAUCAGAAAGAGCAAGAAAAACUUCUGCCAUAUUCGAUUUGCUGAGGAGUUCACUGUGGACAAGGCUCUUCUCCUCUCUGGUUACCGUAUCCGUUUGGGCUCCAGCACAGACAAAAAAGACUCGGGCCGCCUCCACGUGGACUUCGCCCAGGCCAGAGACGACCUGUACGAGUGGGAGUGUCACCAGCGCAUGUUGGCCAGAGAGGAGAGGCACCGGCGCAAAAUAGAGGACGAUCUCUUCCGACCCCCCUCCCCUCCUCCCAUCGCCCACUACUCUGAGCACGAGUGUAGUGAGCUUGGAGACAGGAUCAAAGAGGAUGGCAAGUUUCCUGAAGCAGUGCGUGUGCUGUUGACCUGGCUGGAGAGAGGGGAAGUCAACCGAAGGAAUGCCAACAACUUCUACUCCAUGAUCCAGGCGUCCAACGGCCACAUCCGCCGGCUGACGGGCGAGAAGAGUCAGCAUGAGAAGGAGGUGGAAGAAGCCAAAGACAAGUUCAAGACUGCGAUGGUCACCAUUCUUGGUCAAUUUGAACAGAUUGUGUCUGUAUUCCACGCUGCAUCCAAACAAAAGGCAUGGGACCAUUUCUCCAAAGCGCAACGGAAGAACCUGGAUUUAUGGCGCACCCAGGUGGAGGAAAUCAGCGGGAACAAUAAGUCUGGAGAUACCACCUACGACUGCCUUAAAUUGUGA